GCGAGUAACUUCCGGCCGGGCCUCUGUCCGGGUGGCGCGGCCGGGUCCUCGCGGGUCUCGCCGCUUCUCGCUUCCACGGCCUCCCCCCCGCCUCGUGCGGGGGGCUGGGCGGCCGCGGGAGGCCACUCCGACCUUCCCGGUGCGUGCGGUUCGUUCAGCGCCGUGGCUGUGCGUGCGGGGGCCCGGGGGUCUGAGGGCCUGCGGCCUACCCGGGCCCGCCGCCCGGCUCCAUGAGGCACAGCCUGACCAAGCUGCUGGCAGCCUCGGGCCGCGACUUGCCCAGCCCCCGCCACAGCCGGGAGCCGCCCGCCCCGCGCGCCCCGCCGGGGGAGCCGACCGCGGCGGCCGCGGCGGAGACGUCGGGGUCGGGAUCGCCUGACCGCGAGCCGCCGCACGGCGACGGGGGCGAGCCGGAGGCCCGGAGGGGGAGCCGCGGCAGCGUGGCCGUGCGCGCGCCCGCGCCGCCCUCGCCCGCGAAGAUGGAGGAGGAAGAGGAGGACGCGAUCGCCAUGGUCCCCAAAGACGAGCCGGAGGACAUGGACUUUCUGUCCGGGCUGGAACUGGCCGAUCUGCUGGACCCUCGGCAACCGGACUGGCACCUGGAGCCCGGGCUCAGCUCGCCUGGGCCCCUGUCCUCGUCCGGCGGAGGCUCGGAGAGCGGCGGCCUGUUGAGGGGGGACGACGACGACGAGACCGCGGCUGCCGAGAUGCAGCGCUUCUCUGACUUGCUGCAGAGGCUGCUGAACGGCAUCGGAGGCUGCAGCAGCGGCGGCGACCGCGCCAGCGGGGAAAAGAGGCGGAGAAAGGCCCCGGGAGGAGGCGGUGGCACCAACGACAACAACCAAGCGGCGACCAAGAGUCCCCGGAAGGCGGCGGCGGCCGCUGCCCGUCUUAAUCGGCUCAAGAAGAAGGAGUACGUGAUGGGGCUGGAGAGUCGAGUCCGGGGACUGGCCGCCGAGAACCAGGAGCUGCGGGCCGAGAAUCGGGAGCUGGGCAAACGCGUGCAAGCACUGCAGGAGGAGAGUCGCUACCUACGGGCCGUCCUGGCCAACGAGACGGGACUGGCUCGCCUGCUGAGCCGGCUGAGCGGCGUGGGACUGCGGCUGACCACCUCGCUCUUCAGAGACUCGCCCGCCGGUGACCAUGACUACGCCCUGCCGGUGGGGAAGCAGCCGCCGGAGCCGCUGGAAGAGGACGACGCGGCGGGAGGAGUGUGUCUCCAUGUGGACAAGGAUAAGGUGUCGGUGGAGUUCUGCUCGGCGUGCGCUCGGAAGGCGUCGUCUUCUCUUAAAAUGUAGGGUCAAGUAAUCUGCUCUUUAUCCGCGUUUACCCCUUUCUACUCCCUUACACCAUGUAAAACACCUUAGUGGGACAUCUUCACCGGACACAUUUCAGAGGCGGAAAAAAAAAGUAAUAUUAAAUCUUUUAAGUGUUUAGCUAAAAGCAUGAAUGUGACACUGUAACCAACUCCUAAUGAUAACCUGUGACUAUUAAAUCUCUCUGACAGUUUCUUUUUUAGGUGAUUUCCUUCCUGCCAGGCUCCGUUGUAGGGGUUACAGAGCAGUGGUUCCCGCCUCACAACCUGUGGAUACAGCUGUUGGGGCAGAAGAGACGGGACCAGCUGCUGGCCACAUUUCCUGCUUUAUUUUAAAAGGUAGUAUAAGAAAUAAGGAAAAAGAGGUAAUAUCAGGGCUUCUGCUGUCUUUUAUUUUUAAAAUGUUCAUAAUUAAGUAUUUUCCAGCAGUCCAAAGAUGUAAGUUAUCUUACACGUAAGAUGUUUUAUUUUGUUAUUUGGUUAUGGAAAUGGAAUCUUGUUCUUGCACAACUAACUGUAAUUGUUUUGUUGCUAGAUAAUAUGAUUUGAGACCUAAAUUAGUCUCUGGUUUUCAGUAUAUUACAUUUUGUAAAGUUAUCCACUGCACUUGAGCAUGAAUGGGUAGUAGCCAAACUCUCACAACUUGGAGUGAUGGACCUGCUUCUUCAAGGGCAGGAACAAGCCCCCACAAUGCAGCUGCAUGGAUUUUAGUGCCUACUGAAUUAUAUAUAUAAUAUAUAUAAACCAAAAGUAGUUGGAAAAUUAUUUGAAAUGACUAAUUUGUGCUCUUUCUGAAAUAUGUUAAAUGUAGCUUUUGAAACAGAAGCCUUGAAUUGAAAUUUAAUACUUGAACAUUUUUGUAUAUAUUUCUUUGUAUAUAAUUUUGUGCAGUACCGAUGACAAAAAUAUGGUGUCAUAAUAAAAUCAGGUUUGUUGAUCUUUCAGUUAUGGGCUCAAAGAAUUUCUUCAUCUUUAACAUGACAUUGGAAAGUAGUGGAUACAAAUAGGAAAAAUGAUUGUUGUUAAUACAGACUGUGGGCUUAAUCAAAAGGUUCUGGAAGCAGUUAGUUUGUUUUCCUAAAAAUUACACAUUUCCGUGGAAUAUUUUCUUAACGUCUGCUCUUCCUGCAUUUGAGAUGUGGGCUUGGGGAGAAUCAGUUUCUGAAUUGGGAUGUUUUGAAAUUCCAAGUACAGACUUUUAGAAUGUCAUUUUAUAAAUGGCAGUUUAGAGAAUUUAGAGAAGUCUUGACAAUGGCAAGAUUAGAAUGGCCUAAUUUUAAAGCUGCUUUGUUAGGUUCUGUAUGUUUUAUUAACUGUCUUUCCUAUUUCCAUUUCAUUGUUUCUUUUCUAGUUUUGGUGACAGUGAUUUUGGUCAUUUUUUUUCUUUUCUUUUUUUUUGAAUCAACUCAUGGUCUUGUUUUUACAUGAUAACUGCAUGUAUUUAGGACCUAUCAGGGGCUUUAAAUAAAUUUUAUCAUAUUUAUGUGUAAGCACAUUUUACUGUAAAUGUUUGGGUUUCUCAAUUGACCACAGUUGUUUAUUUCAGUGUGUAGUAAACAGUAUCUUAAAGUGUCCUGUUCACUACUUGUUAAUUAAAAAAGUUAUGAUUAAUAUAAAACUGUUGUCUUACUAUUUUUAGAAAUUGUGUUAUAAAUAGUAUUUUGGUAGAGAAUUCUGGAAUAUAAAAUAUAUUGAAAUUUUCAGGUUUGGAUGUAUUUAAUGUGCUGGUUGAGAACAAUUUAGUAUUUAGGGAACUACCUCAGGUUUUAUUCCUGAUUUGUAUCUUUGUGGUAAAAGUGAUAGAAAACCUAAAGAUAAAGUUUUUAAUACCUGUCUUCCUAUGGUAGUCAAUAUUCAUCCAUUAAUUAACUAGCUAACACAUACUGGCAUAGUAUUUCUAUACUAGUGACUUAAGUUUUAUCCUUUUUUUUAACCAGGCUUAACUAAAAAUUUUAGUACGUUUGUUAAAAAUGUCACACCUCUGAUAUAUCCAACAAAGUAUUUUAAAUAUUUGUGCAUUUUAUACUCGCUAAAUUAAUCUCUUUCUCUUCUCUUUAAACAGCUUAGCAGUAUCUGCAAAAACGAAUCUUUUCCUACAACCUGUUAACUGACUGGACUGAUGGUAACAGUAAUUGUGGGAGCCAUGUCGGUCAAAAAUUUGGCAUCUGCUGCAAAACAUGAAUGCCAUUUCCAAGUUCCCAAAUUACUUCUAUACUGAUUACACUUUCCAGAAAUGGAGAUAUGAAAAGAUUCUCUGGAAUGCUUGAAAGACUUAAUAGAAAUCCAUGAGACUAAGUUAAUUUUGGAACAAAAUUACAUCUUUUUUUUCUUUCAUGGCAGUAACACUAAAUUUAUUGCAUAUUAUAAAAAAUUGUAACCAUUGGAGAAGAGAAUUAUAGUGUUUUAUUAAGAAACAUUAGAUUUUUACACAAUCAAGAACACAUUCUGUGGGCUUAGAUUUAGUGGGCUAGCCGUGACAUAAGUAGGUCAGCAGUGAUCACAGAACUUAUCAUGAGUUUGUAUUUCUGGAAUGUAAAGAACUGCUUUGGAAGACAGACACCUUGCUGAGUAGAAUAAAGUCCUCAACUUAAA